AUGGCCCUUCGGCUGUUCCAGAAACGGGGGUUCUGGGCCCUGGCUACGGCGCUCGUGGUCAUUUUCCUGUUUUUCCAGUUCCGCAGCGACCCAGGGAGCGGCCCGAAUCCGUCGUCGGCACGCGAUCCUCGGCACUGGACGAGGGGGCCGUUGCGUGACAUUGCGAAUAGCACGUUUGGUUUUGAGAAAAUCUUCGUCGUCGGCUUGCCGUCCCGCUCCGACCGCCGCGAUGGCAUGGUCCUACAAGCUGCCUUGAGCGACAUGCAGUUCGAGUUCAUCGACGGCGUCAUGGGCAAGGAUGUGCCCGACAAGGCCGUGCCGUCGUCGCCGGAGCACACUCGCUUGGCCGAUGCCUCGAUCGGGUCCUGGCGGGCACAUAUGAAUGCCGUACGAGAAAUCGUCCACCGCAACCUAACUACCGCCCUGAUCCUCGAAGACGACGUCGACUGGGACGUCCGCAUCCGCGACCAACUCCACGACUUCGCCCUCUCGACCCACGCCCUAACCCAACCCCUCCGUUCCUCCCCAGGCGGCCGCACCCCCCCAACCUACGCCGACGAAACCUACCCCCAACCCCGUGACAACUCCCCCGAGUCCCUCCCCGACUGGGACUUCCACUCCUUACCCUCCACCACCCCGCCCACGGCCUCCCCCUACGGCGACAACUGGGACAUCCUCUGGGUCGGCCACUGCGGCAUGCACUUCCCCUUCAAGCGCAGCCGGACUGUCCCCAAAGCACGCAUCAUCCGCCGCGACGACGAGACCGUCGCGCCGCGCAAAAACCUCUGGACCCUCAACAUCCCCUUCACGCUCAAGGAAAACUACCCGGACCAUACCCGUGCGUAUCACCACGUGCAGGAGGGGGUGUGCACGCUGGGGUAUGCGCUAACGCAGCGUGGGGCGCGGAGACUGUUGCAUGAGGUUGGAUUGAAGGAUGUGAGCACGGCGUAUGAUUUGCUGUUGCGGUAUUUUUGCGAGGGGGAGAAGGGGAGGAAGGCGGGGAGACAGUGUUUGACGACGCAGCCGAGUUUGUUUCAUCAUCAUCGGAUGAUUGGGCCGAUGAAUAUUAUGAGUGAUAUUGGGGAUCAUGGGGACGCGUUCAGGGAGACGGCGAUGACGGAUAUGGUGAGGUGGAGUGUGCGGUUGAAUGCGGAUGUGUUGAUGGAUGGACGGACGGAUUUUGUGAAUCAGUAUCCGGAUGAUGUGCCGGGCGAUGCUGAACAGGGGGUGUGA